AUGUCUGCGUUUUCUGCAAAAGUUGUUCAACAUAGUAUUAAUCAGCUGCUCAUCAAUACGAUUAACGAUGCCGAAAAGAUGCUUUUGGAUCUCCCACGAGAUGGUGAUCGAGUGGAGGUGAUCACUUCGUCGUCUCAUGAAGUCCGAUCGCAUAGUGCUUGUGGUUUCGGACCACGAAAAACCACACAAGACGUCGUUGUUGACACGACCAGUCAAAUGACGCCCACUCCAAAAUCCGAUGAACUACAGAGGAAACUUGGAUAUCCUGAAGAAUCAACUAGCGGCUCAACGGAAGGAGAGUCGAAUAAGGGCAGUUCUCAAGCGUCUUCAUUACCAAGAGACAAGCCAUCGCCGUCUGGUUUGCGGCUCAAAAGGAAAACGGAUGGUGAACGAAAAAGCUCCAAAUCGCCAAAGAAGAUUGCUGAAAACGCUAUCAAACGCGUCCUUCCAGAUAAGGCUGAAGUAGUUCCCGGCUCAGUAUGUUCAAAAUACGACAGAUUCUCCAGUUCUUUAGACCAGAUCAUGGCUCUCAAAUAA